GGCUUUGAUAGGAAGUUUGGACUCUCCCACUGUGUGGCACCUGUAGAGCAUAUUUGCAAAGGCAGCCAGCGGGUCCUCGUGGCUAGUGGUCAUGUGACGAUUUCUGGCUGACGAAGGCGCGUCACGUGACGCGCGCUGCCCGCAGCUCCUCCUCCCGUUGGAGUUCGGACGAUGACAGCAGGCGUCCGCGGCGGCACGUUUUGGAGCAAGUGGACCGAAAAAGCACGAUGGGAGGUUCCUUGAAAUGAAGCCACUCGCCUUCGGCGGGGCGUCGAGCGAGAGAUCCGCUCCAGGCGACGACGGCGACGGCGGCGGCGGCGAGGUUCGUUUCUUUUCAGCGUUUUCUCCCAGCUGAGGAGGAGUCGGGUAAUAUUCGCCGACAAAUAGUGCGGAUGCUGAUUUGAAACAAGCUUUGACGAUGUCAACAGGCGAAUUUCGCCCCAAAGGAUUCUUCACUGCGCCGAGAAGCAUCUCGGAUCCGUACAUUGAAUCGUGCGAGCCAUUCCGGAAGUGAGGCGCAACAGCGGCGAAGCUCGUCUUCCUCGCCUGUGGGGACAUCUAGCGGCCAAAAUAUGUACGGCGCUUCUGGCGUCCCCGAGCUCAUCCCGCCCGCGGGGCCCCCCGGGCGGCCCGGACCUGAGGCCCGGCACGACCAAGGCGGCGGCCCCAGCGGGCACAACCCCCAGAGGCUCGGCCAGAGGGCCCCCAAGCUGGGCCAGAUCGGGCGCUCCAAGAAAGUGGACUUGGACGACGAAGUGUUGGACGACAUGAUCAACAACAACGGCCAGUGUCCCGUGUCUCUCCCCUUGUCCUGAACCGGGAGCGCCGCCAGGCCCGCAGAGGGCGCCGGCUCCAGCCGGCUCUGCGUGUCGCGGGAGGUCCACGGCGACCUCCUUCGUGUAGGGUCGCAGUGACGCUUUUGCGAAGAAGAGCCCCUCGCUCGCCCCUUUUUUUUCCGAGGGUCGCCCCCCCCCCCCCCCCGUGAUGGCUUCCCGUCCUCCGCCCUCCGUACUGCCGAUACCGCUUAUGUGCUUAGCGUAUGAUCCAGUGGAUGAAAGCUUGUUAUUUAUGACAUCUUGUUUGUACAAUGUGAAGCGAAAAUGUGCCCCCCGCCCCCCCUCCUCUUCAUUUCCAGUUGCGAGUUUGUCACGGAUGAAGUUGCUUGCACUUCACGCACGUUGCACAGUUCUACGCACGGAGUCUGUGAGAGCGUAACCCAAAACGCGGUUUUAAAGGGCUCCGUCGUCGUACGUCGACACUGCACCGAUGUUGCCUGCACGCUAAGGCCGAAGUGGCGGGAUGGACCCGCACAGUCGGGAAUGUCUGCCGCGUUCAAGUUCCAAAAACUGGACUCCUUGGACACGCCUGCAGCUUCCAAUUUCCAAUUUCCACUUUCCACAACGAGCUCGUGAAAACAAGCUUGUGAUCUGCUCCGACAAUCGCAUCUUGACUGCUAACUGAUUUGAAUGAUUAUUAUUGUGCUGAGAUGCUCAUGCUGCUAUAAUGUGACUUUGUUUUUUUUCUUCUCAAUUUUUGAGGGACUGGCAAAUGGUAACAUUUCAUGUAUCUUGCUUAGUUUUGAAAUCACGAUUUGGAUUUGACGUGGAUUGUGUCGGCCGUUUGCAUGAAAGCGGUCAACCUUUCAAUGUGCAUCCGGAGAAAUAAACGUAUCUUUGUAGUA